AUGUCAGCCUCAACUUCACCAGAAGAUAAAGAUCAGAAGAGUUUUGAUAAUGGGAUUAAAUGUGUUAAUCUCUUAGUUAAUCCUGAUAAUCUGUAUAAAUUAGCCAAUGGUAAAGUAUCUCAACUUCAUCUUCAUCAGUCAUUACCAUCCACAAUCAACUUGACUAAAUUAUUGAAUAAUCUAACUAACUUGAAGGUUUUAGAUCUAUCUCAUAAUAAUAUGGGACCUCAAGCUUUCCGUGCUGUAUGUCUAGCUAUGAGUAAUAAUAUGACUAUAAUCAGCUUGAAUUUAUCUGAUAAUAGAGCUGAUACAGAUUCUGCUGCAUGCAUUGGAAUGAUGUUGAAAGAAAAUAAAACUUUACAAUAUUUAGAUGUAUCAGGCAAUAAUUUAGGUAAAGAUUAUUUUUCAAGAUGUGUUGGCCCUGCCUUGAAAACUAACUCAUCACUGUUGACUUUAAGAGCUGAGAGUAUUGGUAGUGUAGAUAUGAAGUUAUUACUAGAAAGUUUACAGGAGAAUAACAGUCUAGAAGAUUUUAAUAUCAGUAAUAAUCAGAUAACAGAUAGAACCUGUAUUGGAAAAUAUCUAGCUGUUUGUUUACAGCAGAAAAGCAGUACCAAAUUAUACAGUAUCAAUAUUAGUAAUUGUAAUAUGAACCCUGAUGGUAUUAAACUAUUACUACAAGGAUUACAGGGAAACAUCACUUUAACUCAUUUGAAUAUGAGUGGAAAUGAGUUUGGUAGUCUACAGACAUUCUAUGAAGUUAUAUUGUGCUGUUUUCAACUUAAAACUCUGAGCUAUCUGUCAAUUACUGAUGCCAGAUUGUCUGAUAUAACAUUACAAAGAAAAGAUAUUCAGACAUCAACUGUAUCUGCUCUAGAAAUACUGAAACUUAAUUCCAGUAAACUAACAAAUGAGUUAUUCAGUUUGUUAGCUCAACAGUUGAGUGGAAAAUUAACAAAUUUAACUGAACUUGACAUUGGUAACAAUCCUGAUUUAAAAGUCACAUGUUUAUUAGAUAUCUAUAAACUUACUAGUGGUGACAGUAAGAAGAGUUCCAUAAAAAGAUUAAGUUAUGGUCUAAAUGAUAUAGAAGAUAUAGCCAAUAAUUUGAAAACUAAUUGGACUCAAUUGAAUUAUUUAAAUCUACGAAAAUGUAAAGUGAGUAUGGCUGGUUUAACUUGUUUGUCAGUAUUGGUACAGAACAAAGAACUACCUAUAACUACAUUAGUAUUAGAUGGUUUAAAAUUGUCUGGUACUCCAGCUUUUAAUGACUUCUGUUCUGCACUACCUUCAAGUCAUAUAACAGCUAUUAGUUUUGAUGGAUGUCAGUUAGCAGAUGAAGAUUUAGUUCCAUUUUGUCAAGCUAUGGGAAAAGGCUUAAAAUUACACAUGUUAAAAUUAUCAGCUAAUAGGCUAACUGAUGAGUUUACAUCUACAUUUGUGAAGAAUCUACUGCAAGUUUCAAACUACCCUUUGGCUGUCUUAGAUCUCUCAAAUAAUCAGUUAAAUAAUAAAACACCAAGUGAAAUAGUUAGGUUAUAUUCUACUAAAGGUUAUAAAACAUUAUUACACAGUAUCAACCUACAAUCAAAUAACAUAGGUAGUGAAGGUAUUAUAACAAUUGUAUCAUGUAUCACACCAACCUCUAUAUUAAAUACACUAUAUAUUGAUAAACAGAGGACAAGUUUUGAAGAAAGUCAAGUCAAUGAUAUUGGAAUGAAAAUAGCUACCAAAUUAGGCUAUAAAGUGAAUAUUAAAGACAAUACAAUAGAAACAGGUUGUAGCCCAUUACCUAAUAUACUACAAUCUGGUAUUCAUAUUAAUAUCUCAUCAUUAGGGGGACAUACAGGGGAAAUUAUCUACAAGUUAGAUUGUCCUGCCAUAGUAACAGAUCUAUCAUCAAGACAACUGCUCUAUCUCACUUUCUCUCAAGUUAUGGAGAUUGCCUCACAUUUAAAAGGAUACAAAGAUGGAGAAUGUAUAUUAUCUAAUGUAGAAUUUAAUAUGAUAACUGGUAGUAAUAAAGAUAGAGAGGUACCAUCUUGGCUUCAGUUAUCUGAUAAAAGAGAUGUAGGAUUAUAUUUAAGUAAUUUACCUGGUAAUGCUACUGUGAAUAAAUUAGAAGCUAUAUUUGAAAUGGAAGCUGAUUGUAAUGUUGAUGAAAUCUGUCUUAUGAAGGACCCGGUGAGUAGAAACAACAGUGGUAUAGGAUGGGUGUUGAUGUCAGAUGCCAAGUCUGUAGAAAAAGCUAUUCAAUUCUUUCAACAGGGAGAGGCGAAAAUAUUUGGUCAACCCUUUCUGAUUUCAAGAAUACAAGUUAAACUCCAUGAUUCAGCCAGUUUAGAAGCCGAACAAAAAGCAAGAAAAGAUAUGGAAGAAAGAUUAAAACAGAGAAAGAUAGACGAGGCAGCACACAGACAACUUAUUUUACACAACACAGAGGAAUCAUGGAAAAGACAUGCUUAUAGAUUAGCCCAUCCUGCUUAUGCUGACGGUAGAAUUUGGUAG